AUGAAUAAUGAAUUUGAUGCAUCAUUAAUGUCAAGAUUAUUUUAUUUUACAAUGCAUUUGAUUUGUUGGACAAUUUUAAUAGUUUACAAAUAAAAUGCUUUUAUGUAAAAUCCUUUUGGUCCAUUAUAGAUUUCAUUUGUAAUAUUAGUACUUUAUUCAAAUUAUUUAUUUGUUACAGUUGGAAAUAAUCCUGGAUAUAUAAUAAGUACAAAUGAAGAGGAUGUUGAAUUAUAAAUAGUUGAAUAAGAAUAGAAUAAACGAUAUUGUAAAAUAUGCAAAUUUAAUAUACCCAAUAGAGCAAAGCAUUGUAAAGUUUGUAAAAGAUGUGUAGCAAAAUAUGAUCAUCAUUGUUUUUGGGUAGGUGGAUGUGUAGGUGAAUUGAAUUAAAGAUCAUUUUGGUUAUUUUUAUUAGUAUAGAGUAUUGUAUUGAUAUUAUUGUUAUGGUAUUGUUAAGAUGGUUUAUCUAAUUAUGAUUAUUAUGAGAAAGAUAAAAAAAGAUAUGGAUAAGAAUAUGGAGCUUUUAUUGUAAUAUUUGUAAUAAUGUUUUUAUUUUUGAUGUUUGCAGGAGGAAUGCUUAUAUUUCACACAUAUUUGAUUAUUGCAGGAAUAACAACUUAUGAAUUAUUAAAAAAACAUUAAUAUAAAAAGUCAUCAACAAAUUCAUUAGGUUCAAUAUUAUAAAAUAUAAAAUCAACAUUUUGUCAUGGUGGUAAAUUGCUAUCAAUUUAAGAAAUAGUUUGA